CCAUUCUUGCACAAUGGCUCAUCGAAGAAUGUUAUCAAACACAUCAUAUACGCCUGCGAAGAAAGAUUUCCUUGGCUUAAGAGUGGAGAGCUCGAAGCUAGAUUGCUCUGAUUUCUCACUAAAUUCUCACCUUCCAGCUUUACAGAAUGGAGAUGAGAAAAUCCAUCAUACCUCAGAGGUUCUGGGAGACCCUCUCAUCGUCAAAGGAAUGAAAGAAAUGAUAACAAAUUAUUGCACUGAUGUAGUUUCUAAACUAAAUGAUCCAGAUAUCAUAAUAAUUAAUAAAAAUAAAUAUGAAGAGCAGAGGCAGGAAAUACUUCAAAAUUUUAAAGCUAAGCAGAUGAAACUUAUUGAUAGGAUAAAAGAGUUAGAGGAGACCAUAUCGAAUAGUAAAAAUAAUGAUAAUCCAAGUCAGAAUGAACCUUACAUGAAGAAAACACCAAGUCAAAGUGAGGUCAACUUCCUUUUAGCCCUAAAGGAGAAGAUCAAAAUACUCCAUGCAGCGUUGAAGAAGGAAAAGGAAGAUAAAGCUAAACUAUCUGUGAAGCUAACUAAGGUUCAAACAGGUGCUGAUAGCGAACAGGAUUCCAGAUCUUCUUUUGCUAAUAGCAAUAGCCCAUUCAAUUUUAAUGAGGAACGGGCUAGAGGUUAUACUAUGCUACAUCGGUCAAGAGGUAACAGCAUGAUCGGGACUAGAAAAGACCAACAAAAUAACAGUAUGAGAAAGUCCCUUGAUGAGACCAGCUACAGACUAGAGGACAAAUAUGGAGAAAAAUUCUGGCAGAACCAAGUGCAACGAGUCAUUAAGCAAAACCAGAACUACUCGAUGCUAUACAACACAAAAUAAGCAAUUAACUGAAAAGGAAAAUUUAGAGGUAAAAUCAGAAAAUGAAAAGCUUAAGAGGCUGAACAGAGAUCUUCAGAGCCAAAUUGAGAAAAUUAAGACAGAGCUUGAUCUUUACAAGACUCAGCUGCUUCAACAGGAAGAUGGAAAGAGUCCACUUAAGAGAAAAUUUACCAUGAGACCGAAGAAGGUAUUCCAUGAACUAAAUCAAAAGACCAAAUCUGAUGGCAAACUUAUGGACAGGAAGAAGACCAUCUUACAACCGUUCCAGAGAGCUGAGACUAUAGAAGAAGAGGACUCAAGUAUACCUGCUUCCCGAAUGACCUUCUCAGCUACAAGCAGGGGAACUAUUGCUAAGGAAGUUUCAGAAACUGCCGUUACUACAGAAGAAUCUGCUCUAAAAAUUGCUCAACCAACCGAAAUUUUCCAAAAUCCUUUUAAAACUCCAUUAAAAAGUAUGGACAAAAAGAAGGCACCGGAGAGGAUAGACAUCAAGAAACCACAAACGGAACCUCCGAAGCAGACAAAAGCAGAGCCACGGUAUUUUACCCAAAAGACCUUGGCUAAUGCUGCCAAAGGUGACAAAGUUAUCAGCAUUGAAGAUCUCAACUCUGAAGACACUGUUACUAACAGAAGUGAAUAUUCAGCAGAAAAUAAAGAAGAGUUCAAAGAUCAUAAUUCUGAUUUACGUUCAGAAUCUAAGUCUGGGAAAGAGAAUCAUACUUGUAAAGGUUGUAAUCCAUUAGGGGGACUAUCUAAGAAUCACACAGAAGUGAUUCAGGAAGAGAAGGAAAUUAAAGAUACUUUUGGAGACAAGAUUAGCCGGAUAUUUGGGUUUAAGAAGAAAUCAACUCAGCUUAAAGACUUUAAAUCUCUGUCAACUUCUUCAUUCGAGAGGAAUACUAAUUGUAAGACAAAAGUUAGCCAAUCAUUAGCUGAUUAUGCUGAGAUUCAUUCAUCUCAAAUGGGAAGAAAUGAAACUCCUGAGUCAUUUCAGAGGAAACCUGGUUCAGCCUUAGAGGAUCGCAAGACUCCUUCAAGGGGAACAAGUAAUAUUAAAAACAUAAGCGAGAAUAUUGAUAGUGAUGAAGAAGGAAGUAACCAAACUCCAACAAAUCCUAUCAAAAGUAGUUUCCAACUGCAAUUAGCCGCUUCCAAAGAAGAGUGACAAAAUCUUAAAGCACCAAAAACUGCUCGGAUACAAAGACAAGGGAACUUGACUACCUACCACGAGUAUGACGAAGAGUUAGUAUUCUCCAUAAUGCAAGCAUCAAAUUACUUUUAGUGCUUAUCAACCAAAAGAGAGGCAGCUAGAUCAAUCAACACACAAAGAGACCACUCCAGGGCCUAUUCAGCCUGAGAAGAAGUUGUCUUUCUUCCAAGGGCUACAGCAGACAACUAUCAAGUCCUUUUUGUACUAA